CUUUGACUCAUGCCUCGGUGGAUAAGAGUUUUCCUGUCCUCAACACAAUUUACACAAUACUGCGGAACGUUGAGUGAAUCGGUUCAUCACAUCAGUUGCCUGCUUCAGACAGACUUCUACAUUUUUGAAACGGAAUCUUGAAAAGUGUGACGAGCAAAGAUGGAUGAAGAAGGUCCAGGACCAUCAAAUUGGAGAAACAGACAAGGCAAUCGUAGCAGAUCCAGAAAUGAGAACACUAGACGAUUUACAAACGACGAUUAUUCUCAACGCAACAGAUUUCCACGCACCAAUGUGCACAUGAAUCUACAAAAUGAAGACAGACAAAUGAGACGCAAUGACGGUUUCGGUCAAGGGUAUCGCCGAAAUGACGGUAUGCCCAAUGAAAAUAAUGACCCGCCCCGACGAUAUGACAUGAGAGGAGGCAGAGGAAAUAAUAUGAGGGCAGGUCGAGACCAAGACAGGUUUAGAUUCAUAGGAUUCAAAACACUGGAAGAUAUAGCAGGAGCAGAUGAAAAGGAUGUUCUUCAGAAAAUAAAUGAAAAACGAGAAGGUUUUAUGAAUCUUUUAAAUUCACCAAUCGAAAAACGUGAUGUUUUUGUGUUACUGGUCGAAAUAUUGGCAAAAAUAACUCAAUCUCCUUUUGUGGAACUAAAAUCAAAACUGAUUUUCGAUGUUUGUAAUUCCGAUUUUUUUAAUUUUUUGCGGCUAUAUUUAACUGAUUUGCCUUACGUGGAAAGCAAAUCUGCCAAUAAUUUGUAUUGGAGAGAUCAAAGUGAAUUUUGGAAGAACUUUUUUAUAUUUUGUGAGGAUAUCGUCGAUACGGCUCCAGCUUUAGCUCUGAAGAAGUGUAGAGUGCUGAUAGAAAGCGUAACUAAAACUUGCUUGGAAUUUUUACAAGAAAAGCAUGGGUUCAAUUUGCCCGAAUCUCUUGUCUUAAAGUUGGAUGAGAUUCGCCAGAAGAUGACUGCGUACACCGAUAGAUAUCAGCAGCCGGAAGGAAAACGUAUGAGAAUAGAUAAUAUGCACGAUCCAGAGGUGCAACCCCCAGAGAGUUUUCGUACUCUUAGUCUGGUACCAAACAGGGAAGAUUUAAUGGGGUGCAAACCGUUCCUGCGACCGAACAUUAUUGCAGGCGGAUAUAAUGACGUGGAACAUUACCUGGACGUGCAAUUCAGAUUACUCAGGGAAGACUGCUUUGGACCAUUCCGAGAUGGCUUAAAUCAAUAUUUGGGAGAUCCUAAUAGAAGAAAAUACGAUCACGUGCGUAUAUUUCCUAACGUACGAUUUGUAUGUCCAUAUGUGGACAAUCUGAAAAUCGGAGCCAUUGCUCAACUCGAUACGAAGAGCAGCAAGAAUUUCCAACGCACCAAUUGGGCACAUAACAAGAGAUUCCUAUUUGGUUCUUUAGUAUUAUUUACUAAAGACAAUUGUCACUCCUUUAUGGCUGCAACGAUUCUGGACCGUGAUGUGAAUCUUCUGUCGAGUGGCAGGCUUCCAGUUUCAAUAAUUGACGCAGAUAUUGAUAAUAGUAUCUAUAACGACGAUAAGUAUACUAUGAUAGAAAGUGAAGUUUACUUUGAGCCAUACUAUCAUGUUUUGAAAGCUCUACAAGAGCCUACAUUUCCACAACAUUUAGCAAUGCAGCAGUAUAUUGUCAAAGUUGAUGCGGCUUCCAAACCUCCCGCUUAUUUGACUGCUGAAACAGAAUUCGUCAUAAAGGAUGAUAAAUUAAAAGACUUACAUGCUGAAUUAUUAGAACUUCAGGUUGAUGGUAUUUUCGGCUCAGAUAGUGACGAUGAAAACAUGCCUGGUGUUAUCAUGAAUCAAAAUCAAAUUAAAUUCAAAGUUCUACAACCUGAGACGUGGCCCACGAAAGAACAGCUUAAGUUUAACGCAAGCCAGUACGAGGCAUACCGGUUAGCGCUCACCCACGAGUUUGCCGUCAUACAGGGACCACCGGGCACCGGCAAAACAUAUAUCGGCAUUCAAGUAGCCAAAACUUUGUUACAUAAUGUCAAGUCAGAUGGGAAUUGCCUCAUGCUUGUCAUAUGCUACACUAAUCAUGCCCUUGACCAAUUCCUUGAAGCUAUCUCGCAUAUCACUAGGUCUAUUGUCCGUAUCGGGAGUCAAUCUCGAAACAAAGCAAUGGAAGAAUUUAACUUAUCAAACUUAAGAAGCAAAGCCCUGAAACGAGAUCUAUAUAAAUCUCAUAUUUUUUUCAUGGAACAAAAAGAACUUUUGCGUGAAUCUAUUAUAAAUCUUCAAAAGGCUCUAAAGACUCUUGAUAUCCUUAAUUAUGGGGUCCUUAGUUCUUUCGCUCUUAGAGAAUAUGAAGAUGUGCCGAUUAUCAAUCUUCUCGACAUGUAUUACAAAGAAAACAGAAUGGAGAUCGAAGACCCUAUGGAAUAUUGGCUGUUCGAAGCUGCGCUAGAAUACAACUCACCAUAUCGACGAAAUUUCGAGGAUUGUCUGUUGGAUUAUGAUGUUUCAACCAACAACGAAGAUGUUGAUGAAAGAAGGGCAGAAAUGAUUCUAGAAAACGAGAAGGAAUCUCACGAAAAAAGAUAUUUAGAAAGUUUUGUGAAGACGAAUGCCUCAUUUUUGACGUCUAGCGCUAAGUCUGAAAUCCGUACGCUCAUUGCAUUUUAUAAAGAGAGUCGUGAAUUCAAUGAAAGAUAUAAUUUGCAAAAUGCAAUAGUAGACUUGGAUUCGCGUAUAAACUUAUUUAAUGAAAUGGUAAAUGUACGUCAUCGCGAAGUGCGCUUGCAUCUACAUAACAGAACAAACUUUUCUGCAAUAACUACCCAAAAUCGAUGGGCACUGUAUUUCACGUAUAUACGAAACAAAAUACCAGAAGUAAAAGAACAAAUUGCACACUUGCAGGCGUCAGUAAACCCUUCAAUCACAGCGUAUGAUGAAGCUCGAAUGAUGAUGGAUGUACAAUUGUUGAAAAAUAAACGUGUUAAAGUUCUCGGCAUGACGACCUCCGGAGCAGCGAGAAUGAGAAAGCUGCUGCAGGCUAUUGCACCCAAAAUUGUAAUUGUGGAAGAAGCAGCAGAAGUUUUGGAGCAGCACAUAAUAACUUCACUUACGCAGGACUGCCAACAUUUUAUACUCAUUGGUGAUCAUCUGCAACUCCGGCCAUCGGCGGCUCACAUAAAGCUAGCUAAGCAAUACAACAUCGAGGUGUCGUUGUUCGAGCGAAUGAUCACGAACGGCAUGCACAGCCGACGCCUCAACGUGCAACAUCGCAUGAGGCCGGAGAUAGCUGCACUCAUCUCUCCACACAUUUACUCGGACUUGGAAAACCAUCCAUCAGUUGAAGAGUACCCAGUCGUACCUGGAGUCGAAAAAAGUGUUUACUUCUUUACCCACGACUAUAAGGAAGAGAACUUACACGAUAGCAAUAGUCGAGCUAAUUUCAAGGAAGCGGAUAUGACGCUAGCGUUAGCAAAUUACCUGAUGCAGCAGGGGUACGUGGCAGAUGACAUCACAAUCCUUGCCGCAUAUUCCGGCCAAAUGUUUUACAUGAGGAAAGAACGCCAAAAUUAUGCAAGUUUAGCGCACGUGAAAAUUACGGUGGUUGAUAACUACCAAGGCGAAGAAUCGAAGAUAAUCCUUUUGUCUCUUGUGCGGAACAAUUCAGAAAAUAAUAUUGGAUUUCUUGGCACAGAAAACAGAAUUUGUGUUGCACUAUCCCGAGCAAAACAAGGAUUUUACAUUUUUGGCAACAUUGAUAUGUUGAAAACAAAAUCAGAACUUUGGAGAAAAAUAGCAACAACAUUGGAAAGUAACGGCAGCUUAGGAUCGAAGUUGAUAUUAAAAUGUCAAAAUCACCCUGAUCAAAUAACAGAGAUAUCGACACCGGAGGAUUUCAGCAAGUUGCCACCAGAGGGAGGGUGUUUCGAGAGAUGUAACUAUCAGUACCAUUGCGGGCACAAGUGUCAACUUUACUGCCAUGGAUACGAUCGUGAACACAUCAAAACUAAAUGCACUAUGAACUGUGAAAGAGUGAUUUGUGAGCUGGGCCAUGUGUGCCCACUUAAGUGCCGCGAUGAUUGCGAACCUUGCAAAGUGUACGUAUUGAAGAAGCUGCCUUGCGGCCACGAUAUGAACGUGUUCUGCCAUCGCGAACCAGAUGACCCAAAGAACCAGUGUCUUACCCAAGUUGAAGUUACCCUACCUAAUUGCGGACAUAAGGCCAAGAAAGAUUGUUACAGGGAUAUUAACAAAGUGAAAUGUCCAGAGGACUGCGUGUUUCGUUUGGACGAGUGCGGUCAUGUUUGUGUUCGCAAAUGCCACGUGACUGACGACCCUAACCAUGAAAAAUACAUAUGUACGAAGCCAUGCGCUCGCGCGCGGUCGGGCUGCACGGCCGAGCUGAUCGGCGACCGCGGAGACCAUCAGUGCAGGAAGAGGUGCUGCGACAAGUGCGACGACUGCCACGUGCAGGUUGAUAAGAAACGGUCGACAUGUAAGCACGUGCAGCGCGUAGCGUGUUGCGAGAACAUUGAUGAGAUUCCUUGUCAGAAGAAAUGCGCACGCAUCAUGACAUGUGGACAUCACUGCAAGAAGAAGUGUUCUGAAAUGUGCGGGGACUGUAAACAAAUGGUGACGAAAGUAAUACCGGAGUGUAAGCAUGAGGUGAAGGUGCAGUGCAUGCAGGCCGCGACGCGCUCGCUGUGCACGGCUGCGUGCGCGCGCACGCUGCCGUGCGGGCACGCGUGCCGCGCGCGCUGCGCCGCCGCCUGCGACGCCGCCGCCUGCACGCAGCCCGCGCGCGCCGUGCCCUCGCCCUGCGGACACAGCGUCAUGCUGCCGUGCAACAUCGCCGCCGCAUACGAUAAAGGGCUGGUGGACGGGGCGGGCGUGGCGGCGCAGUGCCGCGCGGCGUGCGGCGCCGAGCUGUCGUGCGGGCACGCGUGCGGCGGCAGCUGCGCGCGCUGCCAGCACGGCCGCCUGCACGCGCCCUGCACGCAAGUCUGCAACCAGAACAACAUCUGCGGACACCAGUGUCAAGAGCCAUGUAAUCAAAUCUGCCCGCCAUGCAAGAUGUUGUGCGAAGUAAAAUGUCCACAUUCGCACUGCAAGAAAUUCUGCGGUGAACCGUGCAUGCCGUGUCAGGAGAAGUGUUAUCGCCGGUGCCCACACGGCGCUUGCUCGCGGCGCUGCGGCGAGCCGUGCGACCGCGCGCCGUGCCACGAGCGCUGCCCGCGCCGCCUGCCCUGCGGACACAUGUGUCGCGGCCUCUGCGGCGAGCCCUGCCCGCCCGUCUGCAACGUCUGCCGCCCCGGCGACUUCCCCACCGACUUCCUCGGCGACGAGUACACCGAUGACGACAAAUUUAUUUUACUUCAAGAUUGUGGUCAUGUUCUUGAGCUGGAUAACAUGGACACCUUAAUGUUGGGUGACCAAGAGAACAUAAAAAUACGGACUUGUCCAUUUUGUCGUAAAGCUAUUAUUAAUACUGCAAGAUAUAAGGAUGUUGUUAACAAAAUGUUCAAGAAUGAUAUAAAUCCUAUAAAGGUACGAGUUUACGGCACAAACCGCCAAAUAGGCGAAAAAAUCAAGCAGUUACGCGGAAAUGUAGCAGUGUUCUCCGAAAAAUAUGAUGUUAUCUUGAAGGGAUAUCCAGAAUUGAAGACGACGUUUGCAAAUUUUGUAAACCUUGUUACAACACAAAAUAAAGUUUCACUUCUGCAUUUGGAAAUGGAGUGUGUAUACCUCAAUAUUUUUGAAAUGAUCGUAGAAUGUUGGCAAAAAUAUAAAAACAACAAUGUUAUAACUCUAAAACAAGAAUUACACAAGAAUAUUAAAUUACUUCUCGAAGUGCUCAAGAUCAAGCCAAAAUCCAGAAUUCCUAUUAAGAUAAGCCAACAACUACAAAAAGAUAUUGGCAAUGAGAUAAAGCGUUUGAAUGUAAUCGUGCAAUUUUCUAAACUUCUUCAUGCUGCAGAACAAAUUAAAGGCGAACCAAAAGUGACACAGCAUGUAGAGGCUGCGAAGGCUAUCGUGUUCUCCCUGUCUGUAUUUAACGAAGAUGAGGCUUUAAAGUCUCUCAAAGAGUUGCAAACGACUAUUAAAUCAAGUGGGGUUCUCUCUAAAUAUGAGCGUCAAUUAAUAGUGCAAGCUAUAGGUUUGAAAGCUGGGCACUGGUACAAAUGUCCUAACGGUCAUUUCUACUGUAUUGGCGAGUGCGGCGGCGCCAUGCAGGAGAGCGUGUGUCCCGACUGCGGCGCGCGCAUCGGCGGCCGCAGCCACACGCUGCUCUCCGGCAACGCGCAUGCGCCAGAAAUGGACGGAUCUAGAUUUGCUGCGUGGUCGGAGCAAAACAAUAUGGCUAAUUUCAAUGUUGACGAUAUAUUAUAAUCAGUUAAUUUAAGUGCUUUAAGAGCUUCAUUCACAUCACACUAAGAUAAGGUCGCGUUCUGCGACCAGCAAUUUUUGACAUUACUUAUUGGCACGAUCGUCACGUGAUUAGUGUCGUUAUUUUGAGACUACACCUACGGUUAUGUGGAUGUGUAGUGCUACCAACAUCACAAUUUUACAAAUUGCUUAGUUUCGACACGUGCUCAACGUGAGUUUUUUUUAUGGCGGGUGUUUAUUAUGUUGUUGUUUUAUUAUUUUUUUGUUAUUCAUAUACUAGGUAAUAAUUAUUCUAGUUUGACCAGCAUUAUCUUUAUAUCAAAUUAUGCAAUUUAUUAAUAUUCAAUUAAUCAAAAAUGCAAUAAAGCUUUUGUUUUUUAUA